AUGGAGAAAUGGGUUUUCGUAAAGGUUUUAGGCCAAGGCUCUGAUGGUGUAGUUUGGUUAGCAAAACAAACCAUCAGAAGAAAAAUCGGUAGGAAUCUUCACUAUUAUUUUGCUGUCAAACUGUCUCCUCUUCGACAUAAUUCUUCGUUGUUAUGGGAAGAACAAGUGUUGAAACAGUUCAAGAACUGUCCAGAAAUUGUUCAAUAUUUAGGUAGUGAGAUAACAAGAGGAGGAGAUUUGCCUCAGGAUAAGGAUUUUUACACUUUGAAGUUGGAGUAUGCUGCAGGAGGGACUUUGGACGACUUGAUCAAACAGAAAGAAAAGUUACCUGAAAAUGAGGUGAAAGAUUAUCUUCGAAUGAUACUCAAAGGUCUCUCUUGUGUUCAUUCUAAGGGGUUUGUUCAUGUUGAUCUUAAGCCUAACAACAUUCUUGCAUUCCCUCAAAGUGAUGAUAAGAUGAAGCUAAAGAUUGCUGACUUCGGACAUGCUGAGAGAUGCAAGUUGUAUAGGAAUGAUGAUGAUGAUGAUGAUGAUCAAGAUAGAAAGUAUGGUGGGUAUUGCAGUUCGUUAAAGUUUAAAGGAACACCUCGAUAUAUGUCACCCGAAUCCAUCGUUUGCAAUGAAGUUAAUGACGCGCAUGAUAUUUGGUCGUUAGGUUGCGUUUUGGUUAAAAUGAUUUCUGGAAAAUCUGUCUGGGAUGAUCUUAUAGAUUCUAGACAAUUGAUGAUGAGACUUUUGGAUAACAAGAAUUAUAAUAUGCCAACAAUACCUAAGGAGUUAUCCAAACAAGGUAAGGAUUUUAUCAAGAAAUGCUUUAUUCGAAACUGUAAACAACGGUGGACGGCUGAUAUGUUACUCCAGCAUCCCUAUCUCAUGCACGAAGAAAAUGAAGCUGCUACGACAGUGAAAGAUGAUGAUCAGAUGCCUACUACACUUGCCAAAGCGCUUUCUUUGUCUCGUCAACGACCAUUGAAGAGCCAGACUCGAUCUAGUAAUAAUAAUAAUAAUAGAAAGUUCAAUCUUCGAGCAAAGAAUUAUUUGCUUCCUUUAUUAGACAGCAUUAAUAUUUCUUUCCACUCCAUCAACAAACGAACAAAAUGUAAAUUCACAUAA